UAACUAGAACUGUGUUUCAGCAUUGGGUGCGACAUGAUGAUGAGGAGUAUGUGACUGAAUGGGACUCAUUUGAUUGCAGUGACUUGUCUCUGGAACCGCACAGGAACGUUCGUUUACUCGUCAGAAACAUAGGUGGGAGACACAAUGCUGCUGAAUAAACUUUUGGACCUCGUCAAGCGUCAGCAGGCUACCAACUAUUCAGGAAUGCCAGUUCUGGAACUAGAGCAACAUAAGGACCAUGGGGACAACAAUGCCUUGCCUAAACUGCCAGUCCCACCACUGCAGCAGACCCUGGACAUGUACCUGAGGUGUAUGGAGCACCUGGUCCCAAAGGAAGGGUACAGGAGGACCAAAGCUCUCGUGGAGAAGUUUGGAGCACCGGGUGGGCUCGGGGAGUUUCUGCAGAGCAAGCUUCUGGAAAGGCAAGCCCAAACCGACAACUGGGUAUAUGACUACUGGCUUGAGGAUAUGUACUUGAAUAACAGGCUAGCCCUGCCUGUUAACUCCAGUCCUGUCCUGGUGUUCCCUAAACAGACCUUUGGCACCUCCAAUGAUGUGCUCAGGUUUGCUGCCCAGCUGAUAUCAGGAAUAUUGGAAUACAAGGCUCUUCUUGAUGAACAGGCUCUCCCAGUGGACUGCACCCAGGGCCAGCUGGCUGGUACACCACUGUGUAUGCAGCAGUACUACAGGCUGUUCUGCUCUUGCCGGCUGCCUGGCCUGGAGAGGGAUGUCCUGAUUGUCCAGCAGAGCAUCCUGCCACAGACACAGCACCUCAUUGUGGCCUGCAAAAACCAGUUCUUUGUGCUGGAUGUGGUGGUUAACAGCCAGAGACUCAGCGAGACAGAGCUCCUCACGCAGCUGGAGAAGAUUGUUAAAAGGGUGGAGAGCGAGGAGGAGCGGCUACCUCCCAUUGGCCUGGUCACCUCGGACAGCAGGGCAGAGUGGGCUUGGGUGCGCACCAUGCUCAUUAAAGAUGCCACCAACAGACACUCCCUGGAGGUGAUGGAGAGGAGCCUGUGUGUGGUGUGCCUGGAUGAGCCCUGUGGGGUGGAGCUCACAGAGACGGGCCGAGCCAUGCAAAUGCUCCAUGGCGGUGGCUGCUGUGCCAACGGGGGGAACCGCUGGUACGACAAGCCCAUGCAGUUUGUUAUAGGGAUGGAUGGUGUUUGCGGCGUGGUGUGUGAACACUCUCCAUUUGAAGGCAUUGUUGUUGUGCAAUGUGCUGAAUACCUCCUCAGAUACAUGAAAAGAAGUCCCUCUAAGCCUGUGAGUGCUGCCAGUGUCGGAGAGCUUCCUACCCCAUGGAGGCUCCACUGGAAGUGUUCCCCAGAAAUCCAGGGGGCCCUGGCUUCCUGUGCAGAAAGGCUUCAAAGGCUUGUCAGAAACCUGGACAUGAAUGUGUUCAAGUUCAGAGUUUACGGCAAGGAGUUCAUCAAAAAGCAGAAAAUGAGUCCUGAUGCAUACAUACAAGUCACUCUUCAGCUGGCUUAUUACAGAUGUCAUGGACAGCUGGUGUCUACCUACGAAAGUGCCUCCAUUCGACGUUUUCGAGAGGGGCGAGUGGACAACGUUCGCUCUGCCACUGCUGAGGCCCUGGCCUUUGUGAAAGCAAUGACAGACAGGAAGUCAUCUGUCUCCGAUUCUGAAAAAAUGAAGAGACUGUGGGAUGCAGUUAAUGUCCAGACCAAUUACACUUUACUUGCGAUUACGGGAAUGGCUAUAGACAACCACUUGCUUGGACUUCGACGGAUGGCACAGGAGCUAGGGAUGGAACAGCCUGAGGUCUUCACUGACGAUACCUAUAUAACCAGCAAUCAUUUCCUCCUAUCCACCAGUCAGGUCCCCACAAAUGAGGACAUAUUCUGCUGCUAUGGCCCUGUGGCCCCUGAUGGCUACGGCAUCUGUUACAACCCCCAGGUGGAUCACAUCCUCUUCUGCGUGUCCAGUUUCAGGGACAGUGAGGAGACCUGCUCGGCAGCACUUGCCAAGGCCCUGGAGGACAGCCUGCUGGAUAUGCAGGAUCUGUGCCUGAGGAGUAGCACUGUGGCCCAGCCACCAGAGCUCAGUCUCCAGUGAAAAAUGGCAGUCAGGCAUAGAGAGGGAGAACAAACUCUCCCCUCACCAUAUCUCUAUCCUUCAGAGGCACAGUGCAGGGAAAUAGGAUGAGCAUUUUUCAUGUAAUGUUCUUUUUGCCAUUACAUACAUUGAAUGCGCUACAGUAUUGGAUGUAGGGUAUUUUAUCUCUCUUUUUUGCAUAUUAAUUUUAAACAAUCUUUGCACUGAAUGUACUUAAAUGAACUGGACAGGCACUUACGAUGGUGAUAUCUCUGGUAUGGUCUCUAAUAGGAUGAAAGCAAAUAGCACUAACACUGGGACUGUAGAUAAAUGCUGUAUACUGCAAAUGUUAUGACAUUUUCUCUGCCCCCUGCAUUUUGCAUAUAUACACAACUGCAAGGGAAAAUAAUAU